UUCAUCAAAGUUUAUGAUCAACAGAUCGAUAAUCAAUCGUUCUGCCACUCAGACGCUGAUAUCGAUCAGCCAGCGGUUGCCAUGGCAGCAGGCGCCAUUUCAGCUCCUCUCAUCAUCCCGAUCAGAGACCACGUGACCCGGAAACGCAAAACCCGCAUCGACACCAGCACGCCCGUCUGCAUCCAGUCAGACUCUGCAGGUGUGCUGAUCUUCUUCACUCUGGAUGGUUCGAAGCCGGUUGCCUUGCUCCGGGGGUCAGAGGUCGGCAGCAGGAAGUACACAGGUCCCGUCUUUCUUCCUGCGGGCCAGGUGUCUGUCAGGGCCGUGGCCGUUGCCAGGGACGGGAGGCGCAGCUCCGUGGUCACCAAGGUGUUCUCCGUGGGUCAGGUGGAACCAGACCAGCAGGUCCAGUCUGAUGGAGGCUGCAAUUCUGAUGAGCCGCCCGUUUCUAAUCCAACACCUGCAGGAACACCUGGACACUCAAAGUGGAGGGAAGUCACCUGCAGUCCGGCUUCUGAACCGGGCCGGACCGGGUCCAGUCCUCCGAUCUCCCUUCCCUCCAGACGCUCCAGAGGUGUUGGGAUUCCAGAUCCUGAUGCUGCCUGGACCAGCUCCUCCCGACGCUCCGAUUCUCACCAUGGAACGCAGCCGAGCAGCGAACCGCAAACCCAACGGCCGAGAGUCACCACAGCACCAUGGUGUCCUCGCUGCCUCUGCCUCUGCCCUUCAGACCCGUUUGCACGGUUCUGUCCUCAAUGUGGCGCUGUGAUUCCUCCGGUACUGGCCAAGCCGCCCCCUGCUGGGAGAGGACAGCUCCUGCCGUGUCCUUUCUGUCGCUGCCUGGUUCCCAAAAACUCUCGGACCUGUUGGACCUGCGAGGCGUCCAUAGAAGGGUCUCAGGCCGGCUUCUCGCUGCAGGUCGACCCGGGUGGAGGCGCCGGCCCCUCAGGUGGGCCGGCGGACGGCAGCAUGUGGUCCUGCUCCAGGUGUCGUCGCCUGAACCGUCAUGAUGCCAGAUUCUGUGACUGUUGUGGCAGCAAGGCUGGCCACGCCCCCCUCUGGGUGACGUGUUGGCGGUGCGGAGCAAGCUCACGGCCUGACGCCCCCCACUGUGCGGCGUGCGGCGUGUUCCUCCUGGCGCUGUCUCCGCCCACACCGUGCAGUGACAUCACACUGCCUGAAGAGGACGCCGCCCACAGCAAGGCCCCGCCCCCUCGUGACUCUGCCUGGAAGGCUCCGCCCCCACAGAGCGCCGCCUCCAGACGGGGCGUAGCUCCUCCUGUGGAUCGGUCCACGCAGACCGUGGGACUCUAUUACCCAUCAGCCACUGCGCUGCAGCAGCGGGACCAGCAGAGGGCGCUGCGGCGGGAGGCGGCGAGGAGCCGGCCGCCGCUCAGCGCCGUCAGCCCCGGCAGAGGUUACUGGAGGAACCAACUGGACCACGUCUGUGCUCACCUGAGGAGCUACACCCAAAACCGGGCCUCCUUCAGAACCCUGCUGGCAGAACCUCGACUGGGCCGGAUGGUGUCGGCGCUGGUCCAGCAGAACCAGGAUGAAGUGGUUCUGAUGUUGAGCUUCUCAUUGGCAGCCAAUCAGAACCAGCAGCAGUUCGGACCUGAUGGGGACCAUGAUGGCCUGGCAGGAAGUUCUAUGGUACCGGGUCGGGUCCAGACACUGAGCAGUGUCACACAGUGUGCGUCAGACAGAGCUGGAAGUCCAGGGAGGAAGCGGGAUGCCGACCCGGAACCGAACCUGUUGGAUGAAGAAUUCUGCAGCUCUGGGUUCUGAUUGGCCGCCUGUCGCAGAGUUCCUCCGCCCCCUUAUCAUGUCACCAUGUGCCUCCAGGUACAGGGUGGGCGUCAGGCUGCGGGUCAGACGAUGCCAACCGGCCGGACCUUUCUCAGCCUGGACCGGGCCGGACCAUAACGGUACACGCCUGCAGAGCUUCGAUGCCCUGGUUCUGGUUCCGACCCGUUCCUGUGAUUAACUGAGGUGCCCAUCCUGGACUGCUGGCACAAAGAAGUGGUGUGAUGGUUGCUAUGAUGACACCAGCCCUUGAUCGGAACCUGCGAAUAUGAUAGAAUAUUUGUGGGGUUGACCUUUGACCCCAUCCAGGUCAUUUCUUAAAGUUUAUGGAAAUAAAACCCAACAUUGUUU